UCCCACACCUCUCACCCCACACCCUGUACGAUUGAAAUUCAAACGGACAUCGGGAAACCGAGAGUUGUAUCUCGCUGUUUGUGGUCUUUUCUGUGGUUAUUGUUUUGUAGUAAACUCCCUUGUAUCCAAUAAGUGUGACUCUGUCAUUAGAACAUUGACUGACACUCCUGUUUGUGCCGUUUAGUGCUGCUGAUAGAUCAAUAAGUAUUUCCCGAUGUCUUUUCGAGCUGUUCGUGUUUCCAAAUUUAGGCAUGUCUACGGGACUGCUAUGAAGAGAGACCAGUGCUAUGACAAUGUUCGGGUUUCUAAAUCUUCCUGGGAUUCCACCUUCUGCGCUGUCAAUCCUAAAUUCCUUGCCAUCAUUGUGGAAUCGGCAGGUGGUGGGGCAUUCAUUGUUCUACCGCUAGCCAAGGUAGGGAGAAUCAAUCCAGAUCACCCACUCGUCGGCGGCCACAAAGGGCCUGUAUUGGACAUUGCUUGGUGUCCGCAUAACGACAACGUCAUUGCGUCUGGCAGCGAAGACUGCGUCGUCAAGGUUUGGCAAGUCCCCGACCAUGGAUUAUCUAGAACGCUGACGGAACCAGUUGUGGAAUUGCUCUAUCACCAGAGAAGAGUUGGCCUAGUUUUGUGGCACCCAUCCGCUCAAAAUGUCUUGCUUACCGCGGGUUCUGAUAAUUUGGUAGUCAUUUGGAACGUGGGCACGGGUGAGCCGACAGUGGUGAUUGACAGCCACCCCGACUUAGUCUACUCUGCCUGCUGGAACUGGGAAGGAUCCAAAUUGCUUACAACCUGCAAGGAUAAGAAGAUUCGCAUCAUCGACCCUAGGAAUGGAAAUGUUGACGAGGAGGCGAUUUGUCACGAAGGAUCGAAAGCAACACGAGCAAUUUACCUGCGCAACGGACUCGUCUUUACGACGGGCUUUUCCAAGAUGUCAGAAAGGCAGUAUUCGCUUCGGGCGCCCAAUCAUUUGAAUGACCCAAUCGUUAUGGUCGAACUGGACACGUCGAACGGUGUCAUGUUUCCGCUUUACGAUGCCGACACCAAUAUGGUCUACCUCUGCGGGAAGGGUGAUUCCGUGAUUCGAUACUUCGAAAUCACUCCAGAGCCUCCAUUCGUGCACUACAUCAAUACAUUUCAGACACCCGAUCCGCAGCGCGGUAUCGGCAUGAUGCCCAAACGCGGCGUGGAUGUCACCUCUUGCGAGAUUACCCGCUUCUUCCGACUCAACAAUUCCGGCCUGUGCCAAGUCGUCUCGAUGACUGUCCCUAGGAAAUCGGAGCUUUUCCAGGAAGAUUUGUACCCCGACACUCCCGGAGAUGUUCCCGCCUUAUCGGCUGAAGAGUGGUUUGCUGGCAAGGAUGAGGGCCCCAUCCUCGUAUCCAUGAGGUCUGGUAGUCAGUUGUCGACCAACAAACAGGAUUUGAAAGUCCAAAAGAAGCACAACGUCUUGAGCAAGAUGCCACCGAGAAGUCCUUCGGGAUCUCAGUCGACCAUUGCGGAUACGCCCGACAGUGCUGCCAACAAUCCUCAAGCCCCAGCGUCUCCACCCAAUUCGGGCGUUCCACCCAAGGUGGUGGAAGAACUCAUGGAUGAAAUUCGGCGUCUCAAGUCACUGUUAGUCAAGCACGAAAAGCGAAUCCGUGCAUUGGAAGCUCGCGCCGCUUCAUCUUCCAGCGCUGAUUUGAAUAAUUCGACGGGAUCAGCCAACACUUCGCUCAUCACCGAUUCGCCAUCUACCCCAACCGCCAACAACCCGCAACAAUCGGCCACUACGGCCGGCGGGCAACAGCACGAGAACAACCACGUCAGUCACGACACCAAUGCCAACGUGGCCAAGACCAUCGCCGAGGAUAUGGCUCCCGAUGAAGUCUGAACGUUUGGAACACGCACAGGAAAAAGAAGGAAAACAGAGAAAGAGAAAAAAAGGAAAUCUGUCGUACACACACACAAAAACGAUUUAGCCGAGCUUUAUUUUUCAGUUAGCUCAGCUUUGUCACCACCAACACUACUCCUCCCCCCCUCCUCAACGACGCACGAUGAUUAACGGCCAAUUAUAUUUGUAAUGUGCUUUUUUUUCAGUCUUUCCCUUUCUAAUAUUUAUUCGUUUACAAAUUAAUUGGUUAUUCUCCACUUUAUCAACUUCCUAAUUCCCCCCGCCCCUCAUACUAUUUUGUUUAACAAGUUUUUUUAACAAAAAAAAAAAAUUUAAAAACGAACAAGAAAAAAAACUAAGAAGGAAAGGGUCCCUGAAAAUCUUGUUUAGCCGUCAUCGCUUUAUAAUAACUAAAAAAAAAAAAUGAAUGAAACCCUUCCCAGAUCCUUCUUACUAGUGUACUACAAACUAAAUAUCUUCUCUACCCUAAUUGUCAGUCUGCUAGGUACAAAAUCAUUUAUAAUUAUUAUGAUUAUUCGAUUAUCUCUCCCUUUCUAAUCCUGAUCGAUUUUUUUUUGUUGGUGUUUUUUUCGUGGACGCCGCACAAGCAAAACUUUAGAAACUACUACUCUGUAUAUUUUGGUCAAAAAUCAUCAAUGAUGUUGUGUGGCUUUUUUUUUUGCCCUGUCUUUGAACAAUUUUGUUUCGCUCUCUCCCUAAACACCAUAUGCCUACGGUCAAAAGGAAAACUACUGUCGCAACAUCGAUGCUCCCGCAAGAGUCUUGUUUCAAAAAAAAUUAAAAGUGCCUUAGUGAUUCAACUACCUACAAAUUUUCAAAACUAACCCACUGUGCAAAACAGAUGCAAGCCCGUGGAUGGGGAUCGCCUUCUUUAUCUUUGUUGUUGCACAUAUUAAAAAAACAAAAUAAUAAUGAAGAGCCUUAACACUCGUAACACACACUUGA